AAAAAAAUCUCCUGCGCGAAAUAAAACGGAGCAAAUUUGCUGAAGCUUACACUUGUGACGUCAGCACUGUGCUAACUUAUCGAUUCCGAAAAUUAUCGGCUACUUUUAUUAUUUUUACGACGACGACUUUUUCCAAAGUCAAAAAGAAAUUUCUUCACAUUCUUAUUGUUAUUAAAAUUAUCAUUGUCGCGUAACAAUGGAUGAUUAUCAAAUAGAGCAAGAAAAUGACGAAACAAUCGAUGUGACGUCACCAAUUCCAUCUCCAAAACAACCAAUGGAAGGAGGACACGUGAAGCGACCAAUGAAUGCUUUCAUGGUAUGGUCACGUGGACAACGAAGAAAAAUGGCGCAGGAGAAUCCUAAAAUGCACAACUCAGAAAUCUCAAAGAGACUUGGAGCCGCAUGGAAACUUCUGAACGAAGGUGAGAAACGUCCUUUCAUUGACGAAGCCAAAAGACUCCGUGCUCUUCACAUGAAGGAACACCCAGACUACAAAUACAGACCAAGAAGAAAACCAAAAUCAAUGAUCAAAUCCAAGGAACGUUUCUCUUUCCCACUUUUCCCUUCUAGCAUUGGAAGCCCAAACUCUGCUGAGGCCACUUCAGCCGCGAUUGCUAUGGCUGCACAGCAAGCAGCAGUUGCACAAAUGACUUUGGACCCGAUUGCUGCAGAAAAAGCAAGAGCAGCCGCAGCAGCUUUCUUCCCUACGUCAUCUGCUUCGUCAUACUUGAAUGCACUUGAAAUGACGUCAAAUUCACAGUCUUUGGCUAGACUCGCAGCAGCCGUCCGUGAUUCACCACUUUACAGCGCUGCCUGCUCCGGCAUUUAUCCUUCGCCUACUUACGCCAACGCUGUCACAAGCAGCGCGUUCCUGCCAUCAGCCUGCGCAACAGCCGCAGCACGUUCAUCCGGGCCACCAUCCCCAGUGAUGAGUCCAUUCAUGCUUCCGGGGUCAUGCUCUCCUACCUGGUCAACUUCCGCACUUCAGCGUCCCCUCGCCUACAUCUUCGUACCGGGCGCGGCCGGACAGGGAUUCGCAACGAGCCCCCUCAAAUCGGGACUUGACUACUACACACCGAUGCCACUUUCUGCCAUGUAAAUUACAUGAUGUCAUCAACAAUAUGACGAACUGCUCGGCAUCCGCAGUCCGAGGUGGAGAGCAGCAAUGCAUAACGUCAUAAAAUAGUGACGUCGUAACGAGAAGCUUGCGCUAAAUGUGUAAUUACGCUUUACUUACAAAUUGACGAAAAGUCGUUUUAUCAUACGACAUAUCAUUUUUAUUUUACUUUUAUUUUUUGUCAGAAGUUUAUUAUUUUUUAUUUUUAUUUCCAAUUCUUAUUAUAAUUGUAUAACUCACAACGACCCCAUCAAAGGGAGACCAAUCGUACUACUAAUAUGGUGACAGUUUUCAUUUUGGUGUUUUUCCAUCAUUUCAUCACAACCUCAACACUUGUGUACUUGUGUUGCAAAACAAUGAUCUCUGUGAUGUCACAAGGUCAAGCAUGUAUAUGAAGUUUAAAUAACAUUCAAUAACAAUCGUACUUCAAAAAAAUCCAUAAAAAUAGUCAACCAUUUCAAGGAAAUUGGACAGAUAAAUCGCAUUGAGACACAGAAAAUUCAACGUGAAUUUCCAUAUUUAUAGUUUUAGUAACUAUCAUAGAAAUUCAUUACAGUCGACAACAACGAUUUUUUUGUAAAAUACGAAAUAUGACCACAAAAGUUUGAUUAUAAAUUCCCAAUACCCCACACAAACCCUCAAAAGCCCUCAAAGCUCACAAGGGGGAUUCAAUAUGAUUGGAUUCGCGUGCUUAUUGUUUAUUCAGAUCUCUUUAACACCGUACUCAAGUCUAGGCCACUCCUUCACAGAACUUCCGAAACGUUUAUUACUUUCAUAACAUUUUUUUCAGUUUGGCUUUCUUCAUUCAUAUGACGUCAUCAAUAUAAGACGUCAUAAACAUUUUUAAUUAACAGAGCAUUAAUCCCUCAAUAACUUGUAUAAAAUUCAAUUUUAAUUUGUGGCAUCGACAUUGAUUGACUGAGCCUGUGACGUCAUAUUCUACUGACGUCACGCCAAAAAAUAAUAUAACCAACAUUCAUCAUUUUCUUGGUGAAUAAAAAGCCCCGCCACAGUUCCAUGUACGUAGAUUUUUUUACUUUUUAUAAUUUUUCGAUUUUAAUUGAAAUCGUCAAUAAUGUGACUCACGUGCCAAAGAAUAUUUACCAUUUACGACAAAGGCGACGUUCUCGCUGUAAUUGGGUGCUACUAACUGGUGUUUCUGGUGAAUUUUUAGCGAAAUAUUAAUAUUCAGGAGAAAUGUUGGGGCACAUUUUACCCCAACGUAAAAGUUUUCUCUCUGUGUUAAUUAUUUAUUGCUUUAAUCAUUUCCUUCCCGUCAUUAAUUUAUCACGUGGUCAUUUUUAGCCAAUCAGAAAUCAUAUAUGAGUUUAUUUGUUCAUCAAUAGAUUUCGAUUGGUCAAACUAGAUCACGUGAUACAUUUUGGCGGGAAAUAUUGUAAAGCCAUGAAUUGAACAAUCAUGAAAGACGCAGAUUUAAUUAUUGUCGAAAAAACAGUUUCAUUGUUCCAAAAAUUUCGUCAAAAAUUAUUCUUAGAAUAUUUCUUAGACUUAUUCCAAAUUCUUGUUCCAGUUUUUUUUUACCGUUUUGGAAAAAGCAAAAAUUUCGGUAAAAAUUUUGUUUUUCUAAAAUCGAGACGACGUUUUUAUAUUGAAAAUUGCAACUAAAAACAAUUGAGUGGUAAUUCUAUUUAUUUUUCCUGGACAGGAUAUCUUACAAGAUUUUCAAGUUUAUUCUAAUAAUUAUUUCCUCAUUAAUGACGUUAAAAUUCGGUAAGAGAAAAUUAUAUUCGAAUUGUCCAGAUUUUUAUAAUAUUGUUGAAACGAUGACGUCGUUGUAUGUCAUUACAAUAGAUUCAAGUCACAAUCUAUUUUUUGUUAAGUUGAUAAAACUUUAAAUAUUUACUUAUUGAAUGAUCUAACGUCUUUCGUCACUCGAGACGUCAUUUUUACAUCAUCAAUAAUUAUUUGUUGGCUACACCAUGCUAGAUGCAAUUUUUCCUCUGUCAUCACUAAAGGGCACAAAUUGCUGUUUCAGCAUUAUCCCCCUGUCCUAUAAUGGCUGCAUUUGUCGAAUAGAUGAGCUCAAAUUAAAUACAAGUAUAUAGUCCCUAAAUAAAAUAGUAUAUCGUAAUUUUGAAUUACUUUUUCAACACCAGCACGGAAACAAAUUUCAUCCCUUCGAAAUAGAAUGUGUCUAGGAACACAAAUGUGUUUCGAUAUUACAAGAAUAUAUAUUCAUAGGGCGGUCAACAAAGUCCUAAAAUUUCUCAAAAUUGCAAAAGAAAUUUAUCGAUACUAUAUAUUGUUUUGGCUCUCACGGAUGUAUUAAAUGAAGUGAGAAUACUAAAUUACCCAUCAAAAAACAACAAACCUGGUUAAGAUAUAUUGAGAACUGACUUCAUAACGAAAUUGAAACGGUGAAGGGACUUUAUAUGGACCUACAAUAUAAAUAGUAAUGGGUCGUUAUUUUAGAGUGAGAUUAGCAUCUUCAUUUGCUUAUUUACUGAACGUUCACCAUAAAUGACCAAUAUAUGUAUUAUUCUCCUGUAUGUGUCUUCUAUCAAUAAUUAAUCAUUGUUUUAUCCUCGUUCAAGUUUGAAACAUCUAUACCUUAAUCGAUAGUGUAAUUUAUAUUUGUUUCAUACUUAAUCGGGUAUAAUCAAAUGUGACUUGAUUUUCGCAAUUGUUUGUGAAAUUUAAAUAAGAUAAUAAUCGAAAUACAAAAACUUUGAAAUUUUCAAAAA